CGUUGCUGGGGCCUAUCCCAGCUACCGUUGGAUGAAGGUAUGGAACAGGUUGCCAGUUCAUUAUGAGGCUACAAGACAACACACAGACUCAUAUUUGGGAUAAAACAGUCACCAACAAUCCAUUUUUCUGGAAUGUGAAUGGUCACACAUUCCUGAGGAGAACAAAAAAACUUAAAAUGAGAUUAAAGGAGAUUUUUGUCUUUUUCAUUUUUUAAAUCCAGAGAAAUACGACUGAAUAUUUGGUUUGUGGGAUGGAGACCUUAAAGAGUGUGACGUUUCAUUUUUUCAUUUUUUUUUUAAAUUACCUUGUAAGACCAGUUAUCCCUCAACAAUGUUAUAGCUGACAACACCUAUAGCUUUUAUGCAAUGAAGAUUAGAGUUAAUCCAGGAGUCUGUGUGGGAAGUAAAACGGACCAGAAUUUCACAGGAACUGUGCGGGGCUGGGUUGGUGGAGUUUAAGGGUCCAUCGCAACAACACACAUCCUUAAAAUGUAAAUGUAAAGAAUUGGUAAGUAUUUGUCCUAUAUUAAGUGAAAAAAAAUCUGAUAGUUCUACACUUUUCCAAUGGCCCAUCCAUAUCCAUGUCAACUUAAUGCAAAAAUAAAUAAUAAAUAAUAUAUCAUCAACAGCUGUCAUGAUCCCCAAGUAGAAACAGAUAUUUCAGAGUAAAAUUAUCAGUCAAAAGAUGGACUUAUCUGCAGCAAAAAGGAACUUUGUGUUGGAGGUAAAUGGUCAAAGGGGCGAUAACAAUGUUAAUAGUGCCAGAACACCUCCCUCUAGCGGCAGCAGUUGUAACUACACUCUACUGAAAGACAUUCAGGCUGUUCGGUUUGAACAAAAUCAACAAAACUGCGCAAUAUUUCACAGAUUGCGGGUUAUUUCUAUAAAUCCGCGCAGCUUUUUAUAUCGACUCUUCCUUAAUUUGACUUCAUUCGUCAACCUCGUUAGUUAUUGUCUCAGAGUCGAAAUGUUUUGGACUUUUUCUGCAACCACUUGGACUUUGCUGGUUGUCUUUUUCACCGUCCUCAUACUUUAUGGACUGUGGCCGUACAGGGUUUUCAAAAGCCUCGGCAUUCCCGGACCGAUGCCUCUGCCUUUUGUCGGAACCGUCCCGCAACAAAUGAAGGGAUUGUUCGCCUUUAACCGAGAGUGUCAGGCCAAGUAUGGAGACGUUUGGGGCCUUUAUGAGGGAAGAUCACCCACGCUGAUGAUCGCAGAUCCAAAGAUUCUUAAAGCUGUGCUGGUGAAGGAGUGUUACUCUACAUUUACAAACCGCAGGAAUCUAUUUGACGAUGACGGACCGCUGGGCAACGGAGUCGCAGCGGUUAAAGAUGAAAGGUGGAAACGAAUUCGCAGCACGAUCUCCCCAUGUUUUACCAGCGGAAGACUGAAGCAGGUUUUUCCUUUCGUUGCCCGCUAUGCCGAUCGGCUUGUUGAUAAACUUCAGAGAAUUAACUUAAAUGAAUCCAUCGACGUCAAACGGUUUAUGGCGCCGUACAGUUUGGAUGUCGUGACCAGCGCCUCUUUCAGCGUGGAAACAGACUGCAUAAAUAACCCCGAGGACCCCGUUAAUGUUCAAGCCAUAAAAGCAACAAACUUCAAUUUAUGGCCGAUGAUUAUAAGAAUGAUAUCUCCCUCAGCUGCUCGUCUGCUGAAGCUCUUUAAAGUUGAAAUCAUACCCAGAUCCAGUGUGGAUUUCUUCUGUGAUGUCAUCAAGAAAAUUAAAGACCAGCAUAAAGCUGGAAAACUUACUCGACCAGACUUCCUGCAGGUCAUGAUUGAAAGCGAGAUUCCGGAGAGCGAGGUAAAGAACAAACAAGAUGAGCCAAGCAAAGGUUUAACUGAACAGGAGAUCCUUUUUCAGGCCUUUGGCUUCAUCUUAGGAGGCUAUGAGACAACCACCACCACGCUGUCCCACAUCUUCUACAACCUGGCCAUAAACCCUGAUGCAAUGCACACCCUGCAGGAAGAAAUAGAUGCCAACCUGCAAAGAGAUGAUCCAAUCUCAUAUGAGAAACUGAACGGGCUGGAGUACCUGGACCAAGUUCUUUGUGAGUCACUGCGUUUGAUUCCCCCUGCUCCUGCACUUGACAGGGUGUGCAAAAAGACCAUACAGAUCCAUGGUAUCACCAUCCCAGAGGGGGCGGUGGUUGGGAUUCCUGUGCAUCUUCUCCACAUGGACCCGCGGUUCUGGGACUCUCCUGAGCUUUUCAGACCAGAGAGGUUCAGUAAGGAAAAUGAGGCGGAGCUGAACCCGUACGCAUACAUGCCUUUUGGUUUGGGUCCUCGUAACUGUGUGGGGAUGCGCUAUGCCAUCCUGGUCAUGAAGAUGGUUAUUGUCCGUCUCCUGCAGAACUACAGUGUGGAAUCGUGCAAGGACACCUUGAUUCCAAUUCGGUUUAACUGGAAGUUUCAACCAAUCAAACCAGUAAAACUCAAGUUUGUUCCAAGAAAACUGUGAUCCAAGAGAGGAACACCCCCAUGAGUGAUUUCCAGCAGGUUAAGAUAACUGGGACAUAUUAUUGCCUCUGCCUUUACAUUUUGGCUCUAAUUUUCUGAAUUAUACGUUUUAAAACCCAUUUGUUAAUCAUAAUACAUACAAAACACAUGCUUUUGUUAUAUGUUUUGGAACGAUUCACCAUGCACCACACAAAUUUCACUAAUUUUCCAUAUAUUUUGAUAAUUGUAAACAUUAAACUACAAAAUCAAGUCUUUCAGCUUCAGAAACUGUGAAAUAAAAUUGUCUGUUCAUUUCAAGGCAUUUAUAUAUCACUAAUUAAUCAUUAAAGAAGCAACACAAA